AUGCGUGACAAGACAGUCAAGCGGCUCCUUGAGCCAUGUCACUCGUCGCUCACCGCCGCCUGUCCGACGAUGAACCUAGUGGCGACGGUGUCCAAAAAGCAUGCUGUCGACGUCUGGCGGUUCAACGGACAACGUGUUUUCGGUUUGCCUGUCGAAGAGGACGAUAGUCGAACAGUGGAAGGUCUUGCGUGGAGGGCCGAUGGAAAAAUGCUGGCUGUGGCACUGUCCAGUGGCACUGUUGUGCUUAUUGAUAGCUUCAGCGGCAAGGCUGCACAUCACCUAAAAACCGGGUAUGGGUCAACGACCAAUAUGCCGAAUUGGUCGUCAGCAGAGAGUGAUGCUGCAGCCAAUCUGACGGAUCGGCCAGUAUGGAAAGUCAGCUGGUGCAGUCACUUUGCCAAUGCCAGUCGCAUUCGACAGCAACUCGAUGGAGAAGACGUUGACGUGAGCUUGGAUGAUCUACAGGGGUUGAACGCGGAUGUGAGCAAGCUGCUCAAGGCGAGAGCCAACCUGCCACGCAAUUUGGCCAGGGUCGAAGUCGACAUUGCUCUUCCGAAACUGUCCACGCUUCCCGCGUCAGGUGCGGAUGACGACCUUUUCAGCACCCGGAGUUCCAUCGACAGCAUCUUUCACGCACACAACCCCCACUCGCCUCAGGCCAAGGAUGAUAACGACAUGGUUGACGUCCUCCUUACUAGUUCCCGAGACUGCAUGCUGCACAUAAGCAUGUUCGACUCUUUCGGUGUUGGCUCGGUGGACGUGGCCCAAGCUCUGCCGAAAGGAUUGAAAGGCGUCAAGAUUGUGCAUGAUGCCAAUCACCCCUUCUUUUCAACGCACUUCUUAGUCAUGAUGGCCAUUCCUGACGGUCCAUCCAAUGCCCAAACCGGUGGGGAAAGCUUGCAUCUCAUCAGCCUUGGUUUGCGAUUCAUUACGCAGACAUCCUAUAAUCUUCCAAUCCUCGCCACAAAAGCCACUCAGCUACAGAAUCUACUCCGGUAUCUCACACAGGUGUCCAAUCAACUGUCAGCAGAAGUAAGAACAGCCUUCGACCUACCCAGCCGGUUCGUGGAGAACGUCAACGAAACACUGGCCGAAGACAACCAGAGCGCCAACUUCAUGACAGAAGCGUACCACCUGAUUGUGACUGGUACCUGUAACGAUAAGUUCAGAGAGUGGCUAGUAGACCAAGUCGCGGAUCGAGGACUCAAGAGGUGGGAAAAAGCGGUUGGCGACUGUUUGGAUAUGAUUCGCCGCAUGGCAAGCGAAUGUCUAUUGCCUGCGAUUGAGCGGGCACAAAUCGUCGUGUCGCGGCUGGACGGCCUGGCCAGAUUCGGUGACACUGCGUCAAGACUCGGUCUCGAUGAAAAAGGCGUGCGAUCUGUACGUGAAGUCUUGGAGGCGCUCAAUCUUUGCUGCGAAGACAUGCUUCGUGAUGUCUGCACGGAGAUCCGAGAGUUCGCCGCCUUCAUGCGCUGGCUGAAGUGGGAGACCGAAGUUCAGACCCUGGGUGAAGACAGCGAACGUGCAGAGGAGAUGAGAGAGACGUAUGCGGGCGAGUCUGAGAUCCGACUGAUCCUGGACUACAUUGAGAGUGCCAUGAAGAAGAGCCGGUUGGUUGACUACAUUCGCGCAGACCCGAAAACGCCGCCAACAGAAAGUGUCGCCAACGAUACGGAGCUCGUCGCAAAUUACAAGAGGCUCCGUGGCACCGGCAAGGUGGCAGAGCUACCGAAGCUCAGUGAUUUGCUCCAGGUCCUGCAGCUGAGGAGCAACGGCGUGUUCAGCUCGAUUGCGGAGACAUUAAGGAAGAAUGUGAUCGUCAGCUACGUUUCAGAGUUACCUUCAGUCACAGAUAUGGAUUCUAGGAUCGUGGCUCCUGGAGGCAGUGGCCAGUCUACGCUUCAUAUCGUUGGGCGACUCUUGAAGAAGCCUGGUCACGUUGCCCAUAUAGUCUACAAUCUCGACACUGACUCGAGAAAGCCCGCAGUACUGGCUAGCACAAGCAGUAUCCAGCGACAAGGCCAGAUGUUGGACGUCAAGAUGGCGGAUGAUGACGGUUUUCUUGUGCUCGAGACGGAUGAAAGCAGAGAUGACAGGAGGAUUGUCUGGCAGCCUUUGUUCGGAGACAAUGGAGAAGGGCGAGCCAUCCACUCGUUCGCGGAAGGGGCUAUGGGAAGUGGCAUGAAUGCUCACAGGCUGGCAGUGAAUGGUAGAAAGGGCACAAGCAGUGUCGUAGUGACCGACGAGGCAGACAUGGGCUUCAUGGUGUUGGAACUAGAUACUAGCUCAUGA